AUGUCCGGCUACGAUCGAGCUCUUUCAGGUACCUGCGCCGUCGGCGUAAAAGGCAAGGACGUGGUCGUGCUCGGCUGCGAGAAGCGCUCGGCUCUCAAGCUCCAAGACACGCGGAUCACCCCCUCGAAGAUUGCCAUGGUCGACAACCACGCCGUGCUGGCAUUCGCCGGCCUGAACGCCGACGCCCGGAUUCUGAUCGACAAGGCCCGCCUGGAGGCCCAGUCGCACCGCCUGACCGUCGAGGACCCCGUCACCAUCGAAUACAUCACCAAGUACAUCGCCGGGGUGCAGCAGCGGUACACGCAGAGUGGAGGUGUGCGGCCCUUCGGCAUCAGUACGUUGGUGGUGGGCUUCGAUCCCAACGACCGCACGCCGCGGCUUUACCAGACGGAGCCAUCGGGAAUCUAUUCGGCUUGGAAAGCCAACGCCAUCGGCCGCUCCAGCAAGACCGUCCGCGAGUUCCUCGAACGCAACCACCAGGAUGACAUGGACCGUGAACAGACCAUCCAGCUCACCAUUAAGUCCCUGCUGGAGGUGGUGCAGACGGGCGCCAAGAACAUCGAGGUCGCCAUCAUGGCGCCCGGCCAGGCGAUCGAGAUGCUGCCGGAUGACCAGAUCGAGGCGUACGUCAAGAGCAUAGAGACGGAGAAGCAGGAGGAGGCCGCCAAGAAGAAGACGGCCCGCGGCGGGACUACGACGGCGGCGAUCCUCACUCGCCCUGGCGGUGGUGAGACCGGCGAGUCGUCUUGA